GCCUGGUGAAGUUCGCUGGGCUGGAGGGAGGAGGCAGAUCCCCAGGGGGCUGCAGCCCUGAGCUGGGCUAGCGAGCGGUGCGGGGGCAGAGGCUGGGAAGAGCCGCUGGCGCUCCCCGGCCCGGAGGAGGGGGCGGGCGCAGGGAGGCUGCGAGGGGCUGGAGCUGGUGCCGGUUGCUCUGUGGACGGCAGGGGUGCGGGGUCCCCUCUUCGCUUUGCCUGCCCCGCCUCGGAGGGAGGCGGCGGCAGCCAAGCAGCGCGGUCCUCGCCAUGCAGGCGGCAGCUAGGAGCCGGGUCUGCCUGGGCCGGCUCCUGGCCGAAGGGCAGCUGCGCGCCCCCCUGCUCCGGCCGGCAGCCCGUGGGAUCGCGGCCACCGCAGCUUCCUCCAGCAGCGCCCACAACCGAAGCCCGGGGGCCAGCAGCUCGGCUGAGAAGAUGUACAAAGUACCAGGUAGUUACAAACCUUCCAACUUUGACAAAAAAAUCCUCAUGUGGACAGGACGCUUCAAGACUGAAGAAGAGAUUCCCUCAAGGAUCCCGCCAGAAAUGCUGGACAUUGCAAGAAACAAAGCUCGAGUAAAAGCCUGUUAUCUAAUGAUUGGACUCACAAUUAUCGCCUGCUUUGCUGUGAUUGCAUCAGCUAGAAGGGCUGAACAUCAUGAGUCCCUAACAAGCUGGAAUCUAGCAAAGAAAGCUAAGUGGCGUGAAGAGGCUGCAAUAUCAGCAGAAUCUAAGACUAAAUAAUAUUUCUAUUAAAAACUGUGGAUUUGCUAGUAGGAGCAAACACCACAAAAACAUUACUUAGCUUAAUUAGUGACGGUCUAACUAGCUAGCAGACUGCUAUGUUAAAACAUCAACACGUUGGAGCCCAACACAAUGUUGCACUCAAAAAAAUGUUGGGAGGGAAGGGAAUAGGGUGUCUUUUUCUAUGUUACACAGAGAUAUUUUCAGUCCUUGCAGCAGAUGACCAAGGUCAGUUCAAAUCUUUAGAAAGUUCUAAUAAUUCCAGUUUCAAGAGGCUUUAUUUUUUUUGCCUCAAUUUGAUAAAAAUAUGUAACUGUCCACAAAGACAACACAUACAUCACCGACCCUGUCCUGAAAUCUCUUCCUGAUAGAUUUUGAUUCUGGACAUUUUUCUAGACACAAAAUUAAAGCAUACUAAAAAAAUUAUGCAAGCCACAAAUCAUUUAAAUACUAGGGAAGCCAGUGACUACGUAGUUGGAAAAAUGAAUAGCAUCACAACAGUAUCUCUGUUGAAUCUCGUUUACUAGACCAGGCUGAACUGACACAGUUGACUCAUUCAGUGUUGUAGCUAAAAGAAAGAGUACUUGUGGCACCUUAGAGACUAACAAAUUUAUUUGAGCAUAAGCUUUCGUGAGCUACAGUUCACUUCAUCGGAUGCAUUCGGUGGAAAGCCCCACUGUAUUUUCCACCGAAUGCAUCUGACGAAGUGAGCUGUAGCUCACGAAAGCUUAUGCUCAGAUAAAUUUGUUAGUCUCUAAGGUGCCACAAGUACUCCUUUUCUUUUUGCGAAUACAGACUAACAAGACUGCUACUCUGAGUGUUGUAGCUGUGUCAGUACCAGAUAUGAGAGAGACAUGGUGGGAAAGGUACUCUCUUUUAUUGGACCAACUUCAAAAGCUUGUCUCUCUCACCAACAGAAGUUUGUCCAAUAAAAUAUAUUACCUAACCCACCUUGUCUCACUAAAGUUUAUACCUCACCCACCUUGUCUUGCUAAAGUUUACUUAGUUAUUUUGCAAACUAAAACACAAUAUAGACAGCAUUUUAGUCUCUAUAGACUUCUCCUCUGAAAACUCUUGGGAACUCCCAUCAAAUUAAUUUUACAAAUGAACGAUGGGGAUGGUCAGAGGCAUGUGAUGCUUAAGGAGGAGAUAUUUUCAAGGCUAGUUUUAAAAGCCACUUCAUGCAAUAUUUUGUUUAACCCCUCUCCAUAAAGCUGAUUUUUCUAGCAUGACAGUAUUCUAUAGUAUGGAAGUCAGCCACAGUUUUUACUGAAUUCAGCUCUUACGUUAGUAUAGAGAUUGUAUUUUGCUAUUUUCUAAGAAUCAGGGCUAAUUUUAAAAUACUAAUGAAUACACUCACCACUGUAAAAUAGCUUUUAUUAGUUUUUGUAUAGUUUUCUGAAUUGAAACAUUCCAUAAUAUUGCAUACUUUUCUUGUGUUGAUUUGUAUAGAUACACAGUAAUAGGCCUCCAGUCUGGAUUAAAAGAUGCACUAUCACUCUACUUAAAGUCAAUAUAGGCAUUUUAGAUUCAUACAUUACAUCAAACCAUAAUGCCAUGAGAAUGAAAAAUGUCUCAUUUAAGAUUUCAAUUAAACUUUUGCACUAGUUUCAUGCUAAGCAGCAGGCAUUUUACCCUGCAUAUCAAUUUGCACUUUAAAGUCUCACUUAAAUCUUAUGAUUUAAUUUUUGUAAGACAAAAACCCAAUGGAGGUAUUUUACAUGAAGGAAAAAGGAUAGUGCAUCUUUUACACAUAGACCCAAUAGUGAUCAUUUCCCAAACUUGUUCUACAGUAAAGUUAUUUCUGCACCAACAUUAUUACUAUUUUUUGUUUUCUUCUUCUGAUUGCUGCUAGCGUUAGUGUUUAAAGAAUACUACAAAAUUAAACAGCAGUAUGAACAAAGUUCUCAAAGACAAAAAGUGCUAUGAUAAAAUUCAGUAGAAAAUUAGUUAUGAUUUACUGACAAACAGCUUAUGAAACUACAACAAACAUGGCAUAUUUGCAUAGAUUAACUUGUCAGAAUUCAAAUUCAAACAGAACAAAUGGUACGCUAUUUUGAAAAACCACUUGUUUUUUGGAACAAGCUGCAUAACUAAAGGGACACUUUAGUACUUUGUCUAUUAUUUAAACAAAACCCCCAAAACUUGUAAUAGCCUUCUGGAUAAAACCAAUAUGGAAAUAAUCUGUUUAGCAAACACAGCCCCUGCUCAAUCCCCUACUCUUAAAUGCUUUCUACAGAGCAGAACUGAUUUUUUUCUAUCAGCGUCAUUGUUUUCCUAAGCAUCACUGAUGCAAUCAGUUGUGACAACAGGUAUUGUUAAUUUGUGAAAACAUUGCUAUUCCAUGAUCAUUCAUUAACAAUAGCUAUUUAAAAAAAAAUAGUGUUCCCAGUGAGAUUGGUGGAUUUUAGAUAUACACACACAAAGUAACAUAAUAGGAAAUGCCAGAUUUAACAAUUUUAGGAUUAACCAAAUGUUGAGAUUAAAUAACUAGUGUCCCUUUCAGUAAGGAAAGUCCAUUGAUUUUAGUUCCUAUUUAAACUAAAAGCACUACUUUGAAUAUACCAGAGGCAUGAAUUUGUAUUUAUAUACAUAAAGUGCAGUCAGUUUAACCACUCAGACAUACACAAUAAUAUGUCUACAAAAAUGAAGUAAUCCUCUCCAAUAAGUAUAAUACUUGAACAGUUUCCUCCAUUUACAAGUCUUAAUUAGGUUGUUGGUUUUUUUUUUUUUUUUUUUAAGUUUAGAUUUGGCUUAACUGGAGAGGCUUAUAAAUGCAGCGUCUACAGAGUCCUCAAAAUAAAAGCAGGCACAGCUGGCUUAUGUAAUAUCAAAACAAUGUCUGCAAGAAACAGUGGAAUACCCUGUUACCUGAAUACUUAUAUGAUUACGCUUGCACUAAAAGAACACUGAAAAUCAAUCAUCAUCAACUGGUAAUCUUGUACAUUUCCAAUAUAAUUACCCUGAACUUUGAAGAGAUGAUGCCAAAGAGGCCAGUAUACUAAAGUCUCGAACUAUCAUAAAAAAGGGCACAAAUACAAGUCUCAAACAUAAGAAAAAUUUGGCUCAGCAUUGUGCACAGUAUUCAAAGCUGCUGUAUUCUAUACAAAUCUAGGUUUAAAGUGUUUGCUAAAUCUUUCAUUAUCCAGAAUUUGCAAAGUAACCGCACUCCUAUAUUCCUCACAUCAUACCUUUUAUUUCCAGGAGAAAAAUUUCAAAUAAGGAGGCAUUUUUUGAAUUCCAUCUUGCUAGUUAUACAUACAACAGACACACUGACUAUUAAUCUUAUAAAAUCUUCUUCAAUUCUCACCUUGAAACUACUACACUAUAGUGCUUUAAUAGUCUCAAAGUAAAACAAAUUAUGAAUUUUAACUGAAAAUAGUAUUUGCACAUUUUAUAAACAAGUUUAAAUUCAGAACAUGGAAUGUAAAUGAUACCAUGCUCCAAUUUGGAUUUCUUGGGGUAUCAACAUUUUGUUUAGUGACAAGCACACUACCCUGGGAAGAGUGAUUUUAACUGUUGAAAUUUCAACUAUUGUACAUGGUUUAAAUAAAUAGUUUCAUAGCUCAAAGCUUUCACUAUUAUUUCAACACAAUAUUUGACUAAUAUAUUUAACCACAAUUAUACAUUUUCAUUAAUCCAAAUUCAGACUGGCUACUGGUAAGUGAGAUCAUGUAGUGUGGUAUAGACAUUUGAAUAUAUAUAUAAAAAAAUCUAAUGUAGAUUUUCAAAGCAUACAGAAGAACUGUUUCAAAUUCUUAGAUAUAUUUCUUUUAGUGAGUAGUAGCAAACAGACAUGAAGUGUUUUACGAAUUAAACAUUUAGCAGACAUCUUCAGAUUCAUUUUGAUGUUCAUAUACUUAAUAUUUACAACAAAGCAAACCUUUUUCCUUCAAUCAAAUGGAGAAGAGAUUGUUUUUCCCCCAAUUGCAGCAACAAGAUGGAUUAUAACAGGGCACAUUUCUACAGCCUUGUCUAAAAUAAAGAAAAUGGAGACAUCUGACUU